CGGGGCUGAGGGUGGCGGGAAGUCGGAGUGGGACAGCCCCGGACGCGAUGGUGGAGCGGUCGCUGUCGGUGUUUAAUUGGGUGUAGGAAGGCUUGAGGGGCUGAAUAGCCUCCUCCUGACCCUGUCUCUUUUCAGGCCCAAGUGUGGGGACAAGCAGACCGCGUUGAAUAUGACACCCCAUCGGACGAACAGCGAUGGCCUUCCUCAGUAUCACCUUCGACGGAUUGGUCGUAGAGCAUCGCUUCCAGAAAUCGCCAAUUUAAUUGACUUCAGAAAACGAGUGACUCUGAUUGGAAGGAAUAGUGAUGUCGUCGAUUAUGUCCUCAGUGCUGCCAAGGAAUCGAGGCGCAAGACUAUCUCCAAGACCCAUGCGCGGAUUAUCCGUUCGCCGCAGGAUAACCAGCACCGCCUCGUUGACUCUAGCUUCUCUGGAGUUUACAUCAAUGACCGCCGCAUAGAUAGUGAUGUCAUCCUGAAGGAAGGCGAUACAGUGACCUUUGGACAUCCGCAGAGUUCUCGAGUGGACGGAGGGGAGAGAGUCCGUCAGCCCAACUCUGAGUUUUACUUCAUGUUUGAGCUGUGUGACUGUGAGCAGGAAGAAGGCAGUGGAUUGAGACAGGAUCCUGGGCCCAGCUCCCAACUACAGAGCUCGAUGAUUGUUCCUGUCCCUUGCCCGAGAUUGCCGAUGCCUCCGUGCUUCUUGGGAAUGUUCCCUGGGUUCCUGCAGGGAGGACGGUGGCCUGUGGAAGUGGCUGAUGCUGGUGUCAGACAUGCCAUGGCGCUGCACGAUUCUGGGGGUUGCCCAGUGGUUCCAUGGGCUUCUCACUCGACUUGUCAAAGACCUGAAUUCACCCCACCUCGGAUGAUGUGUUUUCCAGAUUGUCAGCUUGCACCCAAGACCUCCGGAUCCACCAACCAGGCGGCACACCUCAGGACCUCCUCCCUGCUACCCGGAGCAUCCCAUGGUCUUGCGGUGCCACCGAUUCCUCCGGGACCAGCUUCCCAGCUCUCGGCCUCAGCUGAAAGUGGUUUUCCUGUUGCUGAGGGAUCUCUGAGUAGCCGGUGCACCAAUUCCCGAAUCACGGAUUGCGGAUCCCAUCUUCCACUGGUGGACUCGGGGCAGUUUGGUCAUCCUGCCUCUCCAGGUUCUGAUGAACGUUUGAACAGACUCCUGCCUGAAAGUUGCACAAAGACACCUCCACCUCCAGGAGAAACUACAAGCCAUGAAUGCCCACAUUCCCUGAAGGAUAGGCCUGGCUCCAGGGUGCAUCUCUCGUCCUUCCAGGAUGAUGAACGGGCACAGGCACCACCCAGUCGAAUGGGACGGAGAUCAGAGGAUGCCAGCAUGGCCACCACUGCCCAAACCCUGAUGCCCAUGCCCUGCUUUCAGCAGGACUGGGCAAAGCGAGGUGGUUGGAGCGAGAGUGUGAGGGGAGGCCGCAUGUCAACACACCCUGAUCUGACAAUGGAUGGAGCCACUCCGGUUAAAGGCAUCUCAACUGGUCUGACCGCUGCUGGGCCAGUGACCCUGGCAGGUGGCACCAACCAGCCUUACCAAAGGGACAACCAGGACGGUUCUCCGAGUGUGGGAGAGCAUGCGCCAGGGGCUGCUGUGGGUAUGGAAUGGGCACCCUCUGUGGCAGAUGCCAUAGCAACUGUGUGCAUGGAGCCGCAGCUGGACAGUGAUGCCGUUGUAGAGAGUAGCGAUGGUGAGCACAUUGUGACUGAGCCCACGGCACAAGAUGGUGCACUGACCGAGGAGCUCCCGGCUGCUUUGGGCACGGUUCGGGAGGGUGUCACAUCAGCAGGCUCUACACCUACCCUGAGUGACUCCUGUUGGGAUUCGGCUGCAGUUAAGGUGCAGGGAAUGGACAGUCAGUGCCACUUCCUGAGUGAUGACAGCUGUCUAAGGCAAGGCGAGCCGACUGAGUCAAUGGAGGAGUUUGAAACGCGGCAUUCCUGUUCUGCCAACUGGCUGGAUCGCUCUUCAGACAGGAAUGUUGAAAAUGAGGAAAUUCAAUCUGUACAGAACGAGAUUGGCUCAGCAGGCAGACCUGUACAGACAGUGAUACCACACAAUGUCAUGGCAGAUGGUUCUUUCAUCAAUGUCAGACUCGUUGAGAGUAACUCUGUGACUGGAGAGGAUUUGACCUGUGGCCCCACAGAAGGGAAUUUGCACAAACCCAUUGAUAAUCCAAGAAAUGGCAAUUUGGAUAAAAAUAUUCUGGCAUCUGACUUGUCGCAUCGGGAUAGACUGGGCACUGCCGUAACAGCACAUGUGGGAAAUGAGAAAAUGGGCUCACCUGGACAGCAUGCAAGCUCUGGACUCCCUCAAGGUGUAGACAGUGUAGGUCCCCUGUCAGUGACUAGCAAAUCGAGAGAGAACGGGGAGUUGGCGGUGGCUGGGCAGUGGGUGGAUGGUGACCAUCUCAGUAAAGAUGUGAACUGUCACCACACCGAGACUGUGGGAGCUGAAAGGGAAUCGGCCAGUGCUCCAGGAGUACAACCUGUGGAGUGUGAGCUUGCAGCUGCAGUGUCUAAUGUGCAGAUCAGUCCAGUUCCUGGAUCUGAUCUCGCGAGCGACAGAGAGUCACAAGAAGUUUCUUCCCAAUGUCCACCUCUCGGUGAAGCGACCCUCGAUGCUGGUUUAACAACUGAGCACCUGAACUCAAGUGACAGUACAUUUGCCUUUGAUAAACCACACCUUCUGGAUACUGUCGGCUUGAGCGCAGAACCUUUAAACUCUUCUCCAGGAGAAACUACAGGGGAGAAGGGAAAAGGAGGAAGUUUGGUUGACCCAGAAGUAUCACACACUGAUUCCAAAUCAGCAGUUGCACACAAGGAGGAGAUUGCAGAUGUAGAUGGAUUUUCUGUGGCUAGGAAAGCAGUAGAGGGUAGUAUGACCCACACUGAAGUGUGGUCAGCAAAGAUUUGCAGCACUACACUGGUUGACUGUCUCACGUUGCAUAAUUCCAUGUCAAAAGGUCACGGCUCUGCCUAUUCUGCUGAGAUUGAGACUACGUCACAGUUGGCUGUGAAAGAAAUCAGGGAUGUGUGCAGCAUUCCAGUCACUGCCUGUUCACCCACUGACCAUUCUGCGUCAGAAUUAGCCAACUCCAUUAACCUGCCAUGUCUCGAUCCAGAAAAAGGGAGCUGCUGUUCCACUGUGAGACCUUGGCACUCGGAUCGGGCUGGACCACAGGGUGCGGUCAAUGCAGUUGGCCAACUCUGUGAGGGAGUGUGGCCUAGCACAGAGCAUGGAGAGGCUACAGGAGAUAGCAGAGGCUGUGUAAUUCAGGGAAAUACUCCAGGAAACUCUUCCAAACCAGGGGGUGUUGUCACUUUCAUGGAAGGUGUGGAAAUGCAAAGCGAACGCAACUUGAUUGAUCAGAGAGAGUUAGAAGAAACUGAGCAAACCUGUGAAUCACGUUCUAGUGAUGUCCAACAUUAUGGUGGACUGAAUCCUCUGGAAUGUAAAGAAUUUCCAAGUAUUCCCAUUGGAUCUGUGGACGUAAAUGUUGAGGCAGUGGGAGGACCAACCAGACUCACUUUAAAUAACAGAAUUGUGAAGAAAGGGUAUCUCCAUGGCGAUAGCUCUGGUGUUGUGGAGAUUUCUGAGACUCUGGUUUCCACAAACAAAGACAAUUCCAUGGAGAUUGGAGAUACCAUUGGAUCAAGUGAAGAUAUGAAUGUUGAUUCAGUGUCUGGGCAUGUGGCCAGGGAUGUGAUAGUGGAAUCUAAUUUCUCUAAUACUUGCCCAGCUCCCUCAGAGCUGGAGCUAACAGCUGCAUGUGUUGCUGUCCCUGAGGCUGUAAGUUGUGGAGGUGAGGGAAAGAUGAACGAGUCACCUCUGUCACCGUCACAGGGUGACAUCAUGAGGGAGGAGGAGCUGGAAGGAUCUGAGCCAUUGACGCCAGUGAGAGACGUAGCCAACCAGGUAGGAUUGGAAGCUGCAGAGACACGAGUGGCACAUCAGCUUGGUAUAAGUGUAGCUCACGUUCCCUCUUGCAUACGUGCCCUCUGGCAUGUGUCCCUGACCACGGUGACACCCAGAAAUGAGGGCACUCUUGGCCCACUGACGCAGACUGAAACCCUGAGCUCCACAGCAGAGAAGGAGACUAUUGACCAAAGCCACUGCGAGCAGUCAUCUGUGAAUGUGCCUUCCAGCAACGUCCAGGUUUUAAGUAGCACAUCGGGCCCCUCGGGGUGUAAAGAGGAAUUUCAGGAUGAGGCAGCAAGUUCAGAGAAUCUGCACAAUGCCAGUCCGGUUACCCCUGAUCGGGAUAACGUAGGUCUGUUCCAAGGUGAGAGCCACAUAGAGCCUGGUGUGACAGGUGAACCUCUGAUAUUGUUUGAAACUGGACAGGAUUUGCCCAGACGGGGUCACGCUGAAGGGGAGGGGCACUUGCCCUCAAGGUUUCUAACCUCUAGCAUGCAGUCAGAAUUGCUGAGUGAGUCCUGCAAUCAUUUCACUGACACCGUUAGGACAGAGCGGAACGGGAAUCCCCCAGGUGAAGAACGGACCAGCCUGUCUCCAGUGGUGGACUCUGGAGGUGACAGGCCAGGAACAGCCUCUCCGGUGGGGAGUGGUAAAUUUGAGACCACCGAAUCAACAAUCCCGUGUUGCCCUCCGACUCCGAGCCAGGUCGUGGAGGCUAGAGAAAGCCCAACAUUACCAGUCAGUGCUGUCCCACCACCCUCCUCGACUGUGGGCAUUGCCUGGCAUGGCAGCCGUGACAAUCCUAUCACUCAGAGGUGUCAGAAGAGAGUCCCUGUGUCUGAAAAUGCUGCGGAGACCGAAGAAGAAUUUACAGGCUCUGGGGAAACAGCUGAUGCUUGUCCUGCUGACUCCACUGAAGAACGUUCUAGAAAGAAGGUGCAUGCUCCUCCUGGCAGCGCUGGAGAUUGCGAAUCCUCUGUGCGUAACCCCCCUGUUCUGGACGAAGCCGCUGCUGCUGCACAUUUUGAUGUGACAAUGCCGACUGAGCCGAGUGUGACAGUAAACAGCUCUGUCCUCCUUUCUGAGUCUGUGUCUAUGCCGAGCAGUGAUUUGACCUCCUCUAUCCUGGAUACUCGGCUCCUGCCUCGGGAAGCUCAUCCAUCUUCAGGCACGGCGCGUGGGAGAGAAUCGGAGUUAAGCAGGGGAAAUGAGCAAGAGGGAGACUGGCACGAUGAACCUCGGUGUUUGGGGGCAGCAGACACUGAUCGGUUAGAGCAGGGCGUGGCUUGCGUUGGAGAAGAUGAGGUGCCAGAGGGGAGAUUGAAUGGAACCCAAGGCACUGAGAGGACCCAGUUCCUGCUGGGUCACUCGGGGAAUGUAGAAACUAUGGGUGGGGCGGAAGCGGAGUUCGUCAAACCUGGUCCCUUUGAUUCCCAAAGGAUGGAACUUGAGGAUCCAGUUCGAGGGCAGCCCUUGGCUGAAGAGCAGAGUGAAGAAAAUGUGGCUGAAGAGCUCAUGUUGAGCCCUGCCACUCCAGAGAACAGAGAACUGCAAAGUCAUAGCCCAUCACGGAGUGAAGACCUGGUGGAGGGAUCAAACUCGGCUGAGAGAGAAUUACCUAUGUGCAUGGGUUUGUCUUAUGGGGCCGAGCAGGAAGAGUCCAUUGUGAGUGAUGCUUUUUGUGAUGGUCCAAGCAGUCAUUUAAUGGAAGAAACUGAGCUGGCUGGCCAAGAAGAUGCUGAGGGCAGGGAAGAUGAGAUUUGUAGUGACAUGCACACAAUGCAGACUGAACUAACUCCUGGGCACACACCGGUUCCUGUUUGCCAGAAGGAGGGGAAAGUUUGGAUCACAGCCGCCCCCAGUACACGGCCUCUGCUUUUCACUGCAGCUAUGUCCCCCAGACCUGGUGGUUGUAAGACUGAAAGAGUCAGUCAGAAGCAACUGGAUGCGGGAAAGAAAUUAGCUCCUGCAUCCUCUGAAAAGGAUGUUCCUGUGGAUGUGAAGCAUGGAGAGAUGGAAAGGCCUCAAGUCUCGGAGGAAGCUACUGGAUUGUUGGAACUCCAAGUCGGAGUUUACCAGGCUAUGGAACAGGCAGGCUCCCCUACAGUGUCGCCCAGCCCUGAUACAAGACAACAGUGUGUUCAGUAUGGCCUGGAAAUGGCCAGCAUCAAACAUGAAAAUUCCAAGGCUUUUGAAGCCGAGGGAAAGAGGGGUUUGUUGGGUGAGAUCUCAGAGGAAGGAUCUAUCCUGGCCACUGAGUCCCCUGAGAUGCUGGAUUCGUCUGAGCUAAAGGGAGGGGAAGAGCCCAGUGAGCAAAAUGCCUCAGGCCAUGUUACAGUAUGUGAGCCAGUGGAAAGGAAUGAGCUGAGUGACCAAACUGCCAGUGAUGAAGAGGAGGCCUCCAGCUCAGAACAGCUGACCUGUACACAGGUGCCAGGUACCUUAUCAGACAAUGAAGUCACUAUUGCAGAGAAUGAGGAGGAGCUGAGCAUCGUAACCAAUAAAGUUAACCUCCCCACUUCUCCCCCUUCACCAGACUGUACAGUUGUGAGAGAGCUGGACUUCAGUCUCCCCACCUCCGUGAGCAAUAAACGUGACUCAGUACAAACAUCAGGAACAGUCACUCCCUGCGCAUGUGAGCCUGAAGAUGUAAUAAUCUCAGAGGGUACCUGCCUUCCAACCGGCUUCUCUGAGGAGUUGACUGUCUUGGGUGAAGAACGGGCUGAAGAUCUUGAGCUCAAAGGUGAACAUUUGGAGCAAAAGCACCACUCCCGUUUAUCUCCUGGUCACCUCGAGCAGCAAUUAGUCUCCUCCAAGGAAACUGAAGCUGUGUCUGCAGGUUUUCUCGAGCAAACUGGGAAAGGGGAUGUCCAAACUGAGCAGGUGACAGUGGGUGAGCAGGGGCUGAGUACACUGAGGGACACAGUUCCCCAGAUCUUGAGCCGUCUGCACAAUGGGGUUGUACCAACAUACUCAGGCUGCACCACGAAUGUCUCCAAAUGCAAGGAUUUGAGAGCCCAUUCCCAACAGGGAGCUGAAGUACAAAAGCCAAAUGACAGCAUACUGAGAAAAUGCUGCCCAAAGGACAGAGGUGUUGAACAGGAAACUGAGACAGUGGCGCUUGGUGAAGGUGGACAGUGCCGGCAGGAGGAGAACAUGGUACCACCCAACUCUCUUGGUGAAGAACAUGGUGCUGUGUUGCCGCAGUCACUGGUGACCAAUUCUGAGCCUGAAUCAGCGCCCGUUGGGUGGCAAGACAUGGAACUGGACAGAAUGACCAAGUGUCAGGUAGUUGUGAGGAGCGCUGAUUUAGCGGAGACAGAAACCGCUGAUGUCAGUGAUACAGAUGGGGUUGUCAAAGUUGGCACAACGAUUGUCUCUUCAGACCCCAAGUAUCUGAAUCUGCAACUUUCAGAGUCUCCAUUGAAGAGGGAGGACAUUACAGGCAAGAGUCUAAACAGCCGAACGAACCUUGAUUCCCGACCAUUGAAGAGGUCUUGUGAAGGAGAAGGGGCAUUGGAUUCAAAUUCUACUACUGCAUGUCCCAGUAAAAGAGUGUGCUUGUCUCAGCAAGUUGGAACAGAGGGGCUUGCACCAGCAGAGGGGCUUGCACCAGCAGAGGGGCAGAAUCUGAUUCUGCUGUCCUUCGCAAAGGAACUGAGGCAGCUUCGGGCCUGGUACAUAGGCAGACUGGUCCAACAGUUUGUCACAGAAUACAGAGUGUCUCAGGAAUGUCGUGUUGCCAGGAAAGUGCAAGCAGUGAACAGACAGGACGAGGUUGCGCGAGUCGCUAGAGAGUUCUUCAAAACUCGAGUGUCUCAGCCUGAGGUGCACAUUGUUGACACGUCACAGCAGGGUGUGGAGACUGAGAUGUGUGAUGUGGAUCAGUGUCACAGCUCUGAGAAUUCAGAACCCCACCAGGAGCCAAGGGAACCCAGCGAUCACAAGAGCCCUUGCUGCAUGGGCAGCAAUUCUGACUGUGGAACUGGUGCUGAUGGCAUCGGCUUGUGCAAAUCAACUGAACCCACGUCUCCAGUCUCUCGUCCAUCCAUUGAGCUGGUGAAUUGGCCCAUUGGAGCGAUGGGUGAUUCAGAAACCUCUCUCGAGGAGGGUGGUAAACCUGCCAGAAAAAUGGAGACAGCCCAGGAAAUCAGCCAGGGUGACAUCUCCCAUGUCGUGUCUCCAGACCCCAGCAACAAUCAUUUCGUCAACCACAUCCCAGGAGAUACCGUCCAGCUGCAAGAGGUCACUGUGGCCGAGGACAUUAAUCCUUCCCUUUCCCUUACUGAGGAAUUGGGGACAGAUAUGGAGGCAGAUGAUGCUUCCAGGGUAAGCUGGAGCUCACUUUCACACCGUUCUCCCAGCACAGAUUCCCAUGAAGGGUUAGAGAAUGGGGGUUUGGGACUGAGGGAGAGCCAGGCAACAACAACAACUGAUGGUGAUGAUGGGAUGGGGGGCUCAUUGCUGGAGAUCACAGAUAAGUCACCCCUUCCUUCACCUGCUCUCCUCACAAGUUCUGAAACUUACGAUCCUGGGCAACUUGGUGAAAUGGGAUGUUUGAGCCCAGCAGAAUCAUUGUCUCCUGGCGACAGUUCAAAUUGUAGCCAGGAUGCAAUUGAAGUUUUCCACCCAACGGAAUCACCACCUUCCAGCCACAAGAACCCGGGCCAUAGCUGCGAUAUGGGAGAGAGGCGUGUGAAUGUUGACGGUGUUGGGUCAGAUCCUCCUCCUCUUCAGAUUUCCGAAGUCCAGAGUACCCUAUCCCGUAGCUCAGAUGAGGGACAUUUUCCUGCACAGAAUCUUGCUCCCAGCCACUUUGUUGAGCUCCUGCCAAACACCAGAGGCAACUGCACUUGGAACCCAGGGCUUGAGUGUCCUGCUGGCCUGUCGGCCCCUCCUGAGUGGGAAGCCUCCCCAACAGCACGAAUAUCUGGCCUUGGAUCUGACAUGCAGCCUUCAGGUGGCAGGCAGCAGGAGGCUGAGGCCUUCUGUCUGGGCUUCUCACCCAAUCGGUCCCCCAGAUUGGAGACAGAUCGAUCCAGGAGGGUGGUAGCCCAGAAUAUUGAUACGAAGGAUCCAGACCAAAGUGGCAGCUCGCCCGUGUGGAGGGGAGGACUGCACGUAGAAGGAGAAAUCACCACCAUCACCAUUUGGGAAGCUGGAAGUGAAUCAGGGAUCAAACCAAGUGUAGAAUUAGCAGAAGACCCAGUGACCAACCGCAAUGACAUUGAAAUUGGGAGACCAAGGGCUGAUUUCCUGGGAUCCAGUAAAGAGGAGUUGGGAACAGACAGAAAGAUAGCAUCUCCAGCAAUGAACCAAAUAAGCUCAGUUGAAUGUGUUGAAGGCAGCACAGUGGAGGGAGGAUCUGCUCUGUGUGUGGUCCAUGAUCAGAAACCCGUGGUCACUUUGUUACAGAAGUCUGCAGAAAGGGCAGUUCCCCGCGAGCAUGCCACAGCUGAUAAGGUAGAUUCUCAGGAGUGUGCUGAUGAGGCUGGUGUCUGUGGCCGCUCCUCUCUGUCCACACGGCUGGGGGAGGUGAGUCCUCCUCGAGGAAUGCUCUCAGACAAUCGCCUCUCGCUGCAGGCAAAGAAGAGGAUCAGAACAUCGAGUGAUGGGACAGAUGACACCACUGGGCCCGGUGUCUCCCCGCCUCCCGGUGGGCCCGGCGUCUCCCCGCCUCCCAGUGCUGAUGGUGAGAGAUCUUUGAUUGGCUCUGUGAUUGUGAUCAGUGAUACUGAGGAUGAGUCCUUGCUUCGAACCAUCAAAGAGGAGAGUGAGAGUGAUGAAGAGGCCGGGGGUCCCUCCGGUGCCCGUGGGUUAGGAGGUGUGGCUGUUCCCUUGUACUCGCUCUCCAUGCCUGCUGAAGGCCGCACGUUCUCCCAGAGAGCAGCAGAUGUUGAGGGUCCUUGUGGAGCAUCGUGCUUUAGCGGAGCCCCGAGAUCCAGCCUGACUGAGGAUUGUCCUGUGCCUGCUCCCCUGGGAUCGCCCUCUGCCUUUGCACCAUCCUCUCCUGCUGUCCUCACCAGGCCACUCACUGAGCCCUGCCUGGACCAUGUUUCCUGUCGGCUGCAGCAAUCCAAACAUGCUGGGAACGUGGGGCCGGAAUGUCACGUUGUCCUUCCACUCUGCACGGAGCAUGGGGCUGGGUUUCCCAAACUGCGGCAUUCUGGAUCACCCCCCAUUGAGAUGCUGCACCUCUCGAGCCAGAGACCAAUAUCUCCGCCUUUAACUAAUCCUCAGAUUGACCCCUUAAAGUCCCAGGAUCAGACAACAACUCCCGAUGUCCAGAACCUCAAUCUUCCCAAUCAGCUCCCCCUUCCAUAUAGCCUUGAUGAUGAUAUAUUCCCACCUCCCGAACUGGACUAUCUCCCAGACUCCCCGGACAAAUCUGACCAGGAGGAAUCCUGGGACGGUUCUUCCAAAUUUCGGAUGACAUUAGCCGGCUCUUUUGGCUCUGAAUCUGUGUUUAGUGGCAGCCGGAUUUCCACGGAUCACGGAGACAGGAGAAGCUCGGGCCCGAGCCCACAAGAAGUGAUCUGCCUAACUCCGGGGUGUUGUUCAGAUGGAAAUUGUGUGGGUUCGGUAUUUGUCGAAGACCAGGAUGAAAAGAGCAGAGCCGGUGACCCAUCAGCUGUCGAUGCUGUUGCUUUCCGUCCGUCACCUGGAGGUCCCCCUGAGAGUUCCUGGGCAGCCUCAGACCAAGAUGUUAUUUGCCAACUGAGGGAGUGUGAGCUGUUGCUUCAGUCUGUCUCCCAGACGCUGCAGGUAGACGGGAUCGAAGAGGUGCAUGCCAAGGAGUGGAAGAAGCAGAUUGAGGAGCUGCAGAGACAGACAGCCCCCCCUCUCACCCACAUUGCGGUGAUUGGAGACACAGGCUCAGGGAAGAGCAGCCUACUGAACGCCCUGCUGGAUGAGGAAGCUGUCCUACCCACCUCUGCCAUGAGGGCCUGCACGGCUGUAGCUGUUGAGGUCUCUCACAACGCCAAGAAUGACAAUUACUGCGCUGAAGUGGAGUUCUUCUCUGAGGAGGAAUGGGAUAAUGAGCUCCUCUUGCUGCUGCGCGACAUGACCGACAAAAAUGGGCGGCUCAAGAAACGGCGACCAGACCCUAACUCUGAGGCCAGUGUGGCAUAUGGUCGUGUGAGAGCCGUUUACGGCAAAAUCCUCCCGUAUAACGAGCUGAAGCAGAUCCAGGAUGUCACGUCUCAUCUGGGGAGGAAAAAGAUUAUCUCUGAGAGGAGGGCGAGGGACUUCCUCCGCAGUGUGCAGCGUUUCAUAGAUUCCCGUGCCGACGAUAGCUGGGCCUGCCGAGGGGGCGAGUUUUGGCCGAUUGUGAAGCAGGUGAGGAUCUGUGUGCCACGGUCUAGCGUGCUGCAGACUGGUGCUGUCCUGGUGGACCUUCCGGGCAUCAGAGAUUCCAACGCCGCAAGGAACGCCAUCGCCAAGGAGUACCUGAAGAACUGCGACGCUGUGUGGAUCGUGGCCAAUGUUACGCGAGCAGUCGAUGAUAAGACAGCCAGGGACAUGCUGGAUGAGAGUCUCCGCAGGCAGCUGUUCCUGGAUGGGCAGUAUGGGCGCCUUGCCUUCAUUUGCACCAAGACAGACUCCCACAAUGUGACUGAGAUCCUGAGUGCCCUGCGUCUCACCAGUAGCUGCACCUUUCUGGAAGACGAAAUUGUGGAGCUGAAGAACCAAAUUGAACAGCGGCAAAUUGAACAACAGGACUGGAGGCAGGAGCUGGAGCAGUUGCAAGUGUGUAGUCAGAUUGAAGAGAGAAAUUCCAGAGCCAAACAACUGGGGUUGGCCAUCAAACAGCAGGAAUCAGAGUUGAAUGAACUCCAAUGCAAGAUGAGCAUAAAGAGACGACACCUCUCCCUAAGCUCCAUUAAAGCUCGCAACUUCUUCUGUAAGAGAAAGAUUCGUCUCAACAUCAAAUGCGGACUGCAGGAGAUGAAGCAUCAAGCCCGGAAUGAAGGGCUGGAAUCUGAGGAGGAGAAUGAGGAGGGCAGUGAUGCUGAUGAUGAUGAAGAGGAUGAUUGUGAUGAUCAAGUGCAACCUCUGUUAGCAGGGGAGAGUGAUCCUGUCUCAGACAGAGAUGGGAACCUUCACGUAUUCACUGUCAGCUCCACCGAGUACCUGAAACUCCAAGGCAAACUGCUGCGUGAUGGACCCGCUCAGGUGUUCAGCAAUAUCGAGGACACAGAAAUCCCCGCAGUUCAACGUUUCGUUCAUCAGAUCACCCUGUCAAGACGGGUCAUCGCCACGGAGAUGGUCAUCCGCAGAGUGGCUACCUUCGUUAGUCACGUGGUCACAUACCUGACUAAUCGCAGAGCCCAGGAUGCCUCUUAUCAGGCUCAGGUUCGAGAAACAGUGAGAAACUGUCUGUCCCAAGUGAAAGAGUUCUUCCAGCAAACAGCCGAGGACUGUAACCGAGAAGUGGGAAUUUCAUUCUCCCUGAUCACAACGCAGCUGAACGUGGGGAAGAGUUUGGCAGUGAAGAGUUGCGAGCACAGCGUGCACAAGUGGGGAUUGCCGCCCCCCAGCGGAUACCCGUAUCCAACCUAUAAGGCUGCAUGUGACCGUGAUGGGAGUUUUAUCUCACCUGCUUAUGGCGCUGUUGACUUCAACGAGGAGCUGACCUCCCCAAUGUUCAUUCCCCUCACGGUUGUCUGGAGUGAGGUGUUCAGUGACUCUCACCUCUGCAGCAAGUCGGUGUUCCAUCAUUUGCACAAGUUCAAGGCGGCCGUGCUCGACAACCUCCGCCAUUUCUUCAGUGACCUGAAGCAGCGGCUGUGGCGGAUUGAGGGGGACACACAGCCUGUGGAUUACAUCCUGAGGCAGCAGCUCCCUGCGGUGGAAGCCAAGUUGCAGAACUUUACCUUGAUGUUAAUGGUGGACAUCACUGCACGUCAGCGAGUUGUCUCCAGGAUAUUGACACCAAGUGUUCAAAGGGAAAUGAUACCUGCCUACGAAGCGUGUCAAUCUGAAUCUGGAUCAGGUUCCUUUGGCCGGAUGAAAUCCCACAUGCAGCAGUACGUCCGGGAGCACAGAGACCGCGUCUUCUGUACUGCCUCCCGGAAACUCAUGGAGCAACUCAGCCUGCUACAGGAUGUCAUUUACUCUCAGCUGAAGCAUGUUCUGGAAGAGAUCCACAAGGAGCUGUGUGUGCAGUUUGAACCCAUGCUGAAACCAGUCAGGAUAAUCGAUGAAAUAAUUCCCAAGCUGGUGAAUGUCUGUGCCCGGGUGCGUGCAUUGUGUCAGAAAUCUCACAUUGAUUUCACCAUGCCCAAGAUUGAGGACUGUGAAGAGGAGACAGACUCCUCCAUGUUCUUGACGCAGCCCAUCAAACGGGAGAGUCCAUCGGUCCAGGAGCUGGGAACAUUCCUCGGAAAAGCCAAAAUGAUGAAGAUGGGUGAACUUGACGUAUCUCCAACCGAUUCAGUUGAGAUCUCGUUGGAUAAAGUCAUUCUCAGCUUUGAAGCCUCGGGGAUCCCAAACCGCAGAGUGAUCCCAUUUCAGUCGUUAGCGGCCUGUGAUUUCUGCCCCAGCAUGCACUUCUUCAUCCUGUAUCCCUGGCAGUCGAGGUCAGGGGGCACUGACGGUGACAGUAGGUGCGAUGUGGUUGUGAUUCUUGAGGAACGACAAACAGCACCCGAGUUUGGAGAAUGGAUGGAUGCUGUUUCCAGUCAUGCCAGAGGAUCUGUGAACUUCAGGAAGCUGGAGCUGCAUCAGGGUGUGGAACGACUGCAGUCUCUCGGAGUGAUAUUCCAGGGCACUUAUCUCAAGUCAUCGGUGCAGGAUGCGACAGAACUGGAUCUACCCGAACCAGCCUUCCUCGCGGCCAGUUCCUUUGUCAAUGUGAGCCAGCAGACCAGGAAGAGACUGUGGAAUGAUAAUGCGACUGAGAUCAACAGACUUACUCUCUCUCCCAGCCUGCGGUGUCUACCUCACUGGCCGCUGGCUUCACGUGAGACAGAGUCUGAAAUACAGCCCCCAGUAUUGAAGAAGGAGAAGAGACAGGAGCAUGACCCCUGCACCUCUCAGAAUUGGGUUGACAGAUCCCAGCCGCCCAUGUUAAAGCGGGAAAGCCUGGAGAAGACCAAAAGUAUGGAGUUUGAGAAUCAUUGAAUGGCAGACUGGGGAGCUGGGAUUGAUGUCCAGUGCGGGUGGAUGUUCUGGUCUGGUCUCUGUGCUCGGUGUCAGCAUGCUGCGUAUAAACCCUGUCAGACCUGUUUCUAUUGCACAGCCUCCACAUUCCCCAAGCUGUCAAGGUGUAUCGUAUUGCUGCUGCCGUAGGCUUGUGUGAACUUCAGUCUAACUGCGCUGACACUGGCUUCACUGCAUCGAAUGCUGAGAAUAGAGAAGGUUUAUGCUGCCUGACCUCAAUGCUCUGUUCUGAAAAGCUCAACGAGAAAAGCUUUUUGACUGAAAUCGUUGCAAGUCUUGAGAUGGUCUGACCGGAGGUUAUGUGUUCAUUCGAGCUCCUGUUUAUAUGAUGGGGAAUGGCUGAAUGAAGCUGAUUAAUUCAUGGGUGACAGUCCAGCUACCAGUCAUUUAAAACUGCAAAACAAGAGAGACUCAACUGUCCUGUUUUGGAUCAGAGAUAGUAGGAACUGCAGAUGCUGGAGAAUCUGAGAUAACAAGGUGUAGAGCUGGAUGAACACAGCAGGCCAAGCAGCAUCAGAGGAGCAGAGAGGCUGACGUUUUGGGCCUAGACCCUGCUUUAGAAAAAGCAGUUCAAGAAGGCAGCUCACCACCACCUUCUCAAGGGGCAACUAGGGACGGACAAGAAAGGGUCUAGGCCGGAAACAUCAGCCUUUCUGCUCCUGUGAUGCUGCUUGACCUGCUGUGUUCAUCCAGCUCUGGACCUUGUUGUCCUGUUUUGGAGUUCUCUGAUCUCUGGUAUCGAUUUGUUUGAAUUUGCAUUUUGUUAAAAUGAUAGAGCAGGUUGUUGCUGGGAGCGAACGACAGUGUUCCCUGGAGGGAGGUGGUUACUAAUGUCUUUGCACUAUAUUACCAUGAGGCCCUUUCUGCCUUAAGGUGACUGUGAUAAUCCCACAGCCACUACUAUUUAAGAGCAGGGUUUUUUAAAAAAAAAAUCCCUUUGAUCAUUAUCACAUUGCCGUGUGUGGGAUCUUGCUGUGCAAAAUUUGGCAGGCUUGCUUCCUAAAUCAUACCAGUGGCUGCUUACUAGUGUUCAAGCGAGGUUUAAGAAUUAUUUCACUAAUUGAUGCCUCCUGGUUCUGGUGUCUGAGAUGACAAAAGGCUGGAAUUUAUUGUACCAAAGAUUGCUGCUCUGUGCCUUUUGUUCUCCAUAAAUCCCAUUUCUGCUUUA